GCAGAAAAGGAGAACCUCUUAUAACCAUGAGUGUUGACCUACAGCACAUGCUCAUGGAGAAGCUUAAUUCAGACUCAGGCUGUGACUCUGUGACUGAUACAGAAACAGAAGACGAGAAGAAUCCAGCUGACUCCCACAGACUUGCCAUGAGUGAAGAACGUGGAUCAUCCAGGAGCACUGGAGACUGUCCAGUGGUGCAGCCCAGCCGCAUACAAUGUGGGGUGCAGACAACAGUUUAUAUUAUCAUGAAAUGUAAACUAGAUGGUGAAAUGAAAACUGAAGUUGAAUUUUCUCCAGAGAAUGGAUCCUCUGUGCGUGUGCUGGCUGAGAUGGAGAAUGAGUACACAAUCUCUGUGAAGGCUCCAAAUUUAACCUCUGGGACAGUGACCCUGCAGAUAUAUUCAGGGGACCUGAUGGUGGGAGAAACAAGUGUCACUUACCAUACUGACAUGGAGGAAAUCAGCAAUCUGUUGGCUAAUGCAGCCAACCCUGUACAGUUCAUGUGCCAGGCCUUUAAAAUUGUGCCAUACAGCAUAGAAGCCCUGGACAAACUAUUGACUGAGUCACUCAAGAAGAACAUUCCUGCUAGUGGUCUACACCUGUUUGGAAUCAACCAGCUGGAAGAAGAAGAUAUGACAGCAAAUCAGAGGGAUGAGGAGUUGCCAACACUUCUUCACUUCUCUGCAAGAUAUGGGCUGAAGAACCUUACUGCCUUGCUGCUUACAUGCCCUGGAGCACUGCAGGCCUACAGCGUAGCCAACAAGUAUGGCCACUAUCCAAACACCAUCGCAGAAAAGCACGGCUUUAAGGACCUGCGCCAGUUCAUUGAUGAAUACGUGGAAACUGCAGAUAUGCUAAAGAGUCACAUUAAGGAAGAGCUGAUGCAAGGCGAGGAGGAUGAGUCUGUUUAUGAGUCCAUGGCUCACCUGUCCACUGAUCUGUUAAUGAAAUGUUCCUUGAAUCCAGGCUCUGAUGAAGAGCUUUAUGAAUCCAUGGCUGGAUUUGUCCCGGGUGCCCCAGAAGAUCUUUAUGUAGAGAUGCUUCAGUCCAAACCAGAUACUCCAGUUGCUGGAGAUGAAGUUUCUAUAACUACAAAGGACUCAAUGCUCCGCAAGUUUUUAGAAGGUGGUAGCAUGGAUGUGCCAGAUUCUGAGGAAGGAGGUCAUGAGCAGUAUGGUGAAGAUGUGUACUACUCAGUGGAACAAGACCCUUUUCCACAGGAAAUGGCUAACAGACCUCCAGUUCCUGUUCCAAGACCAGAAUCUAGCUCUCCACAGCCAGACAAUGAACUGUACAUCUCCAAAAUUUUUGCACAGAAGGCUCAAAGACCUGAGAAUCUUUAUGUCCCUAGAGGAAGGGUUAAGAAAGAGACAAUAGUCAGGCCUGUAAGGGACCUGUCUCAAUCAAGUAUAUAUGAUCCAUUUGCUGGAAUGAAAACCCCAGGUCAGCGGCAGCUGAUUACAUUACAGGAGCAAGUGAAAAUGGGCAUCCUCACUGUGGAUGAAGCUGUACUUCACUUUAAGGAGUGGCAACUGAACCAGAAAAAGAGAUCAGAAUCAUUCCGGUUCCAGCAGGAAAAUCUGAAACGUCUACGAGACAGCAUAACCAGAAGGCAAAUGGAGAAGCAAAAAAAAGACAAAAGUGCAGAUUUGGAAAUUACAGUACCCAUUCGACAUUCUCGUAAUACUUUGGGGAAACCAGAAUGUGGAAUAUAUGAAUACACUCCCAGGAAAAACCUUUUUCCACCAAAAAGGGAGUUAAAACGAGGAGACUGGAAAACAGAAAGCACAUCCAGCACGACAAGUAGUGCAAGUAACCGCUCCAGCACUCGGAGUAUACUGAGUGUCAGCAGUGGGAUGGAAGGGGACACUGAGGACAGCGAAGUCCCAGAAACAGCAAGGAGCCGCAGCCCAGUUCUUCACCAAGUAGAGAGGCUUCCUUUCCCAGAAAGGCCUCCCAGAGUGCCUCCUCGAGGUGCAAGCAGGCCUGUAAGCUGUGAAGGCUUUUAUCCUCCACCUGUGCCCCCAAGAGGUCGCUGAAUCUCUCAACAUCCGUGGAAUAUGAGAUUUUUUUUGUUUA